AUGGCGUGCGGCGGUACCUUGUACCCCAGGCGUCGGAGGGGGGUGGCGCGGGGCGGCGCUGGCCGGCACGGGGCGAGGUGGCGCGGGGCAGCGCGGGGCGGCGUCGGAGCAGCGGCGGCGGGGGGCGACGUCAGAGCGGGCCAGCGCGGGGCGGGCAUGGCCGGCGCGAGGCAGAGCGGGCCGGCGCGGAGCGGCGUCGGAGGGGGGCGGCGCGAGCGGGGCGGCGCGAGGCGGUGUCGGGCGGCGGAGCGAGGCGGGGCGGCAGCGGAGGAGGGGGAGCUGGCCGGCGCGGGGCAAGGCAGCGUCGACCGACGCGGGGCGGCGUCGGAGAGGGCCGGCGCGGGGCGGGCCUAG